CUACAACUGCUACACAGCACAUCAUGGCGGCCCAAGUCGAAAAUGGUGUCGCCGACUUGAAGUUGGACGACUCCAAGAGCAAGCCCAUAAACGGCGCAGCACACAACGGCGAGAAGACAGCAGAGGGUGCAGACCACGAGGACUCAGACGACGACAACGAGGCCGAGGAAGGCGGAGCUGAGGGUGCCGGCGAGGGUGCAGCCAAGAAGAAGAAGAAGAGAAAGCCCAGAAAGAAGAAGAAGGCCGGCGCUGGCGGUGCCAAAACCCAGACCUCACCUCCUCGCGUGCCUCUCUCAGAGCUCUAUCCCAACAACGACUACCCCGAGGGCGAGAUCUGCGAAUACCUCGACGAGAACAACUACCGCACCACCAGCGAGGAGAAGCGCCACCUCGACCGCAUGAACAAUGACUUCCUGACCGAAUACCGCAAGGGCGCAGAAAUCCACCGACAAGUCAGGCAAUGGGCGCAGAAGUGGAUCAAGCCGGGCAUGUCGCUCACCGAGAUCGCCGAAGGCAUCGAAGACUCCGUGCGCCAUCUCACAGGACACAUGGGACUCGAGAUGGGCGAUGCUCAGAUUGCUGGAAUGGGCUUCCCCACCGGUCUCAGCAUCAACCACUGCGCCGCCCACUACACGCCCAACGCGGGCAACAAGAUGGUCGUCAACUACGAAGACGUGAUGAAAGUCGAUUUCGGCGUCCACAUCAAUGGCCGCAUCGUCGACAGCGCGUUCACCAUGACCUUCGACCCCGUGUACGACAACCUCGUCGAAGCGUGUAAAGCCGCCACAAACGCCGGUGUCAAGGAAGCCGGUAUCGACGUGCGCAUGAGUGACAUUGGCGCUGCGAUCCAGGAAGUCAUGGAGAGCUACGAGGUCGAGAUCAAGGGCCAGAUGCUGCCUGUCAAGUGCAUCCGCAACCUCAACGGGCAUAGCAUUGGCCACUACACUAUUCACGGCGGCAAGACGGUGCCGAUUGUCAAGGGCGGCGAUCAGACGAAGAUGGAGGAGGGUGAGACAUUCGCCAUUGAGACAUUCGGUUCUACCGGCAAGGGUUACGUUCGUGAUGAUAUGGAGACGAGUCACUACGCGCUGCGCCCGGAUGCGCCAAAGGUUGCGCUGAGGGUGUCAAGUGCGAAGACGCUGCUUAACUCUAUCACGAAGAACUUUGGUACCCUGCCGUGGUGCAGGCGUUAUUUGGAUCGCCUGGGUCACGACAAGUAUCUUCUGGGUCUGAACAACUUGGUUUCUGCAGGUAUUGUGGAGGCCUACCCGCCGCUGUGCGAUAUCAAGGGCAGCUACACAGCGCAGAGCGAGCACACACUCAUUCUUCGACCAAACGUCAAGGAAGUCAUCAGUCGUGGUGACGACUACUAGACUCCAGAUUCGACAGGAGGGUUCUUACAUACGACAGCAAAGUUGCUUGACUGUUUCGCUUUACGGAAUGACAGGUAGCGCAACGAUAUCACGAAAACAAUAGACCAAGAGAAUCAACGCAUGUUCACGAGUAC